UCAAACGUUGCAGACUGGGCGGAAGUUACGCGAACAGCAGGCUGUCAACGGAGGUGCUAGCCGCCUGCUGCUCUCAAAACAAGUGAAUUCAGCGAUAAAGGCUUCGCCAAGUGAAAGUCAAGCUAGCUCUCAUAAGAAUAUGGAUGAAGACGUUCUUACUACUCUGAAGCUGCUGAUAAUUGGUGAAAGUGGAGUCGGGAAGUCCAGUCUCCUCCUGAGGUUCACAGACGAUACUUUUGAUCCAGAGCAGUCAGCAACAAUAGGUGUGGAUUUCAAAGUAAAGACACUUGCAAUAGAUGGGAACAGAGCGAAGCUCGCCAUAUGGGACACAGCUGGACAGGAAAGGUUUCGCACUUUGACACCCAGCUACUACCGCGGUGCACAGGGAGUCAUACUCGUGUAUGAUGUGACAAAGCGCGAUACAUUUACAAAGCUUGAAAACUGGCUGAAUGAACUGGAGACCUACACAACACGCAAUGACAUCGUGAAAAUGCUUGUUGGGAACAAAAUUGAUAAGGACGACCAUGAAGUGGACAGAAAUGAGGGGCUGAAAUUUGCAAGGAAACACUCUAUGCUUUUUAUUGAGGCCAGUGCAAAGACCAAAGAUGGCGUCCAGUGUGCCUUCGAGGAGCUUGUGGAGAAGAUCCUCCAGACUCCGGGGCUUUGGGAGAGUGAAAACCAGGGUCAGAAGCUCCAUCUGGGGGACCAGCAGCAGGGUGGUGGCAGGGCAUGUGGAGGAUACUGUUCCAUUCCCUGAAUCUGGACAGAACCAAAGAGCACCAACAUGAUAGGAAUCCCUGCGAACCAGAAACAGAGAGGGAAAUAGAGAAAGGGAUGGAGAUGGAGAGGUGGAACUGGAUGAGUACUUUAAAAAAUAUCUGUUGUUCGAAAGGACUUUGCUGUUUGCACACUUCCUUCUCAACCAUUAUCUGUCACAUGUGAUUGCCCUCUGUUCAAAACAUGAAUGAAAGGAUCAUGCAAAAAUAGCCUGUUGUCAAAGGAAGCGUAGUGUUUUAAAUUAACAUAACUAUGCCAAGUGUAUGUCAUGGAGUGCAUGUCUGUUUUGAAUUUAUCUUAUUGGCAACAAUGAUUCUGUUGUACAUCAAGGCAGUGAGUUAAUAGUGUAGCACAAAUAACAUGAACCAAUUUGUAGGUUACAGUAUGUAGCUUGUCAAAUUUGACUCCAAGUGAUUCCUUCUGAUCAGUACAGAAAAAAAAUACUAGUUCCCUGCUUAUGCUUUGUGAGCUGUAAAUGUCGGCUUCUACGUAUCUGCAAAGUACAAAAUGUUCUACAACUCAAACAUUUGUGGGUUUUAGUUCACAUCACUUGGACUGAAGCUGGUGGUGAAAAAGACUUGUUACGUGGAGUGUUUGUUGGCCUCCAUUUACCAUCUGUUGUUAUACACCAGAACACUGUGAAUGCCAAGUAAAACAUUUCACGAUGGUCCCCAGUUACUGACACUAGUUCAUUUUGCUGUAAAUCCAAUUAUUAUUCAUUUGAUGGUGAUUUCCAUCAAAUUCUGUGUAUUCUUUACAUGAAAAAAUCCCAAACAAGUAAUCCUCAUUUAGGAUUUUCUGUAUCCAUACCAGUCUUUUUCUUUGCAUGUCUGAUCUUGACCAUAACUUCCACAUCUAAAAGUCAAGGGUUUACAGUAUUAAGAGCGCUUGCAAUAAAUAUGCUCUUUUACUAACUUUUGUUCAGUUCACCUCUGCUCUGGCAAAAUGUCAUUUAGUUUCAGCUGGAUCCUGUAAGCUUGUUUUCUUCCCAUUCAUUUUGCAGUCUCUGUGUGGCCUAUAUAAUGUCCCACUCAUGUACUGGAGGCAUUUCUCACAUAUUAUAGUACAUAGAUAGAACAGAUAGAACAUUCCUUAGACCUGUUUGAUGUAUUGCCAUUUGUUUGAAUUCCUUUUUCUUGUUUAGAAUCAUGUUGACAUUUCCCCUUCUUUAUCACUAUACCUUUUCCUCUUGUUUUGCUGUGCACCUAUCUGAAUCACAUUCAGCAAUAUGUUAUAUUGAUAUUUGCCUUAAAACUGAAUGGCACUUGCUGCGGUUAUGGUCCAGUAACAUUGUAUUUUAUCAAACUGAAAUAAACGACAACCUCAAGAUGCCAUCA